UUUUCGAUAUUUUAACAGCAUUUAUCAAUUUAGUCCUGGCUUGUUAAAAAUACCUGUCAAUAGAACCUAAAAAUGAUACCUGCCAUACUGCUCUAUUACCAGAAGCAAUUCAUUUCAAUAUGCUCAAUGUGAUUGCAAAGAUAUGAUAGAUUAGAAUAACAUUCAACACAAAAGAAAAAUUAAUCUCCAAAACCGUGUUUUAGAGAGAGUGAGGUAAUCGUUCUUGAGAGAAAAAAGUAAGGUAAUAAGUAUUGGGUUGAAUGAAAUGGUCUAUAAUAUUACUAUAUUUCAUUAGAAAACUGUUUAAACCUUGCCAUGACGUAUUUUAUUUGAAAAUUGUCAAAACAGAGUUUCUCUGAACUUAAAAAAAACAUUGUUCUUUGUUUUAAAACUAUGACAACGAGGCGUAAACACUGAAAAACAUUUUUAGAAAAUAUAGCAAAAGUUUAUCGUUUAAUUUUAACAUUUCCCUUUCGUGCACGCUAGUGAGUACUGUGUGAGUACAGUAGCAAAAAUGUGCGAGUAUUUUUGACAUAAAAAAAAUAAUGAAAAACCAAAAAUAUAAUAUAUAUAACCAUACCAAAAAUGUUUUGAGACAAUCCCUUAUAAACAAAAACAACUCAUGAAAUUAAUUUAAGAGCUAUAUAUAUAUAUAUAUACAAAUUUUAUGAAAAUGUGAUUUAGAUUUAGAUUUUAAAAUAAAAUUGGUAUAUAUAGCAUAUACAAUAUUUUAGAUACCAAUUUGUGUGCAAUAUUUUGUAAAUUACCCCUAGUAAUAACAGAAGUUCUCAAACUGAAUGUCAGUGCCUUGCCUUCAUGCAAUACCGUUACACUUUUUUAUGUAUAUAUACCCAAAAUUGUAACAUUUUAAAUCACAGGUUAAUUAAAAGGUCACAUUUACAUGCUUAUCAUAAGAACCUUUGAUCAGUUUUCUUUUUAUUAUAAUUCACAUAUUCUCUUUUUCUUCUAGAAAAUUAUUAAAAUAUUAUUCUCAAUUAGCUGAGCAAACUGCAAGAAUGUCUAACACAACGUUACUCACAUCUGCACCAAAUACAAAAGAAAUGGGAUGCAACCUGAAUGGUCAUUUCGGAAUCAUAGUUCAACUUGUUCUGGCAUUUACAGCAUUUAGUGUGCUUAUUGUUAAACGGUUAAGAGAGCCAGCAGACGAAAGAAGAUCUGUAAUGAUUUGGUUUUGUGAUACUUCGAAGCAAGCUGCAGGUGCCAUGUUCAUUCAUUUUGCAAAUGUGUUUCUUGCUAUGUGGAGUAAAAGUACAGAUCCGUGUACUUGGUACUUUAUCAAUUAUCUUCUGGACACCACUGUUGGUUUGUUGGUGAUUUGGUUUGUGCUUAAAAUGUUGCAUGUCUUAGCCUCUCGAAGAAACUGGCACAAAUUAAAAAUGGGAGAAUAUGGCGAGCCACCGCGAUUUAAAACAUGGUUGUUUCAAUGUAUGGCCUAUCUAGCUGUUAUGCUGACCGAGAAAAUAGUUAUUUUGAUCCUCUUUCAAUUUAACUUUUGGACUGGUGUGAAAAAAUUAAUUUUAAAACCAAUAAGUGGCUAUCCCAAGUUGGAACUGGUUGUUGUAUUGUUGCUAGUCCCAUUUGUUAUCAAUGCGUUGAUGUUUUGGGUGGUAGAUAACUUUCUCAUGCGUAAGCGACGAAAAAGCGUGAAAACGAAACAACUUGAAGUGGAUCCAGUGAGCUUCACGCAAAGCAAGAAAGGGUACGGAACAUCUGAUGACGAGGCUGGCCUCCAUUUAAUGUCGAAUGAAUCGAACGACACGUUGAUUGAGUCUGGUUCGGAUGGCGAAGCUUUGCACCGUCGACACGAUUCAACUUCGAAGUGAGAACAGUGAUAAUCUAUGUAUUUUUAUGGGGAACGCAUGUCUUUUGCAGCCCCCCCAAAUUCCGUUAGUAGUAUUUUAUUAUUCGUGUACCUCGGGAGGGGCAAGCUUCGACGUGUAUUCGUUGAUAUUACCGUUAACUUAGGCGAAGAAAAGGGAUUUCUAUUUUUUAUUAUUACUGGGAUACGGUUAACGGUUAAAAAACGGUUAACGGUUAAAAAAACGGUUAGUGCAAAAAAACAUUUGUUGGUUUACGGAUCCUGUCACGAGUGAUUGAGCCCCGUGUGGUACCCUGGGUACUGUGUUCACAAUACAUCACCGAAUCAGUCGGUAUUUUUUCGUUUGUUUACUUAUUUUUUAACGUAGUAUAAAAGCAUGAAUGCUCAUGGUGGAGAUUUAACUGAAGAUGCGAUGUAAAUUUAAGUGCUUGUGUGUGACCUUAUGCAACUUACUGCUUUUCCUAGUAAAAACGUAAUAUCAAGGCGAGUAAUUUUCGCAAAUGGAAAAUUUCGCGAUCAUAAACUUUCGCGAUUAAACUCUUUCGUAACCAUUUGCGGAGCCUUACUUUCGCGAUUUUUGGCCGUGUAUCUUUCCUUUAAAAGCCAGUUUUAAGAUUGAAACUUAUAUCACUUUUACUGGACUGCUGAGAAGUUUUUUGUUGUCGUUUUUUGGCAAUUGGGAAAACAUAGAACAAUUCGAAACCAUAUUUACAAACUAAAUCAACACUGUCUGUCUCAGUUAUUGUGUUGUUUUCUCUUAGCGCUCUUUUUUGCCUUCGGCGCUUUUUUCAAAACCAUGCUCAGCGCCUCAACCACUAAAUGUGACACCGCAUAUAAAAUGUAUUUUUAUUCUAUAGUUAUAUUAUUUAAUAAUAUUUUUGUUGUUUGUGUAUGUUUAUACGUGUGUGUAUGAAGAAACAGGAAAAGGCGUUGUUAGUUUUAGACGGGAACAAUUUUUAGUUGUUGAAACAUUUUUUUUUUUUGUAAUUGGUUCAUGUUUGUAAAUAGAGCUUUUUAAUAAGUCGUUCAAUGUUUUUUUGUAAUAUUUUAUUUGUAGGUUUAUUUAUGUAGAACAUUUAACAGGCGACCUUUUUUUCUAC